UGUGGGGCACAAGUGUGUGGGAGAACAGGCCAGUGGGUGGGCUGCAGGUGUAUUUCGUGGUAAUCAGGCGUAUGUGAGACAAUGAGGGGGCUGAGGGGAGGAGGGAGGCGGACCAGAAGGCCGCUCUGCUCCUCCCUGGGAAACGCUGGGAGUCAGUCUUGUGACUCCAUGGCUGUGACACUUGAACCAGGUCACCUCACUCCCUUGAUCCUGUCUUCUCAUCUGUAAAAUGGGACUAACCCCCAGGCUUCGCUUUGGGGGGGUGAAGUGGUGUAUAUCUGUGAAGGCCCAGUGGCUGGCCCUGAGCAGGGCCUUAGUGAAUGUAAGUCCCUUCCCUUCCUGUCUCCAGGCCUGUUCCCUGGGGAAGGGUGAGGUCUGGGGAAAUGGUGUGGAGCCUGUCACGGAGGCAGGAUGCCUGGGUGCAGGCUGUGUGACCUGGGCCAGCUCCUCUCUCUCACUGAGUCAAACGAGAGGCUGGGUGUCUGGUGUUUGGGGGCCCUCCUGGAGUGGUGUCAAGGGACCAGGAGGGCCUGACUUCCCCUCUCCAUUCCUUGACUCUCUGGGGGACCUAGGUAGGACUCAGCUCAGUGGCCAUGGGCAAGCAGAACAGCAAGCUUCGGCCCGAGAUGCUGCAAGACCUGCGGGAGAACACGGAGUUCUCGGAGCUGGAGCUGCAGGAGUGGUACAAGGGCUUCCUCAAGGACUGCCCCACGGGCAUCCUCAACGUGGACGAAUUCAAGAAGAUCUACGCCAACUUCUUCCCUUAUGGUGACGCCUCCAAGUUCGCUGAGCACGUCUUCCGCACCUUCGACACCAACAGCGAUGGCACCAUUGACUUCCGGGAGUUCAUCAUCGCGCUGAGUGUGACCUCGCGUGGCCGCCUGGAGCAGAAGCUCAUGUGGGCCUUCAGCAUGUAUGACCUGGAUGGCAACGGCUACAUCAGCCGUGAGGAGAUGCUCGAGAUUGUGCAGGCCAUUUACAAGAUGGUUUCGUCGGUGAUGAAGAUGCCGGAGGACGAGUCGACCCCGGAGAAGAGGACGGAGAAAAUCUUCCGCCAAAUGGACACGAAUAACGACGGAAAGCUGUCCCUGGAGGAGUUCAUCCGCGGGGCCAAGAGCGACCCGUCCAUCGUGCGCCUGCUGCAGUGCGACCCCAGCAGCGCCUCCCAGUUCUGAGCGAGGAGCCAGGGCCCCUCCUCCCCGCCUCCACCGGCCGCUCCCGGCUCUCGCUUCCCCUCCCUUGUGUCUCUCCAGGCUGGGGGUCAGACUGGGCCUUCCCCCCCAGGGUCCGCACUCUGGGGGGAGCCUAUGGAAAAGGGAACCCUGCCGUCCUCCCAAGGCCCAAGCAAGCGGUUAGCACCCCCAAUCCAAGGCCAUAUCUCCCUUCGGCAAAGAUAGGGAGACAGGCUCUGGCGUGGUCCUCCCCUCCGAGUCAGCCUUCCCCUACCUCGAUCUCAGAAUUUCAACCAGCCCCCCUCCCAACCCAAAUGCACA